GCAGCGUAGUGCUAUACCCCCCACCCCUACACUCACACAAACCACCCACAUGUCCGCCCAGCCCCUACAAACAUCACUCCCCCCACGCAUAAUUGCUCACAUCCCUUACGACCGAAGCCUCACUCUGUUAUCUGUGCGAGUUGGAUGACUUGCUGCCCGUCUCCCUCUUCACUCGACUAGAGUGCAUUGUGAUCACACACGCGGCAACGAUCACACGUAGCAACUUUACAUGACACGUGCGUUCUCCAUAGGUUAGUUACAUACAUAUCACACACACACACGGUCAGACCGAAAUACACGCGCACACCACACACACACAGUGCCCCAGGCAUAAAGAGACACAGAGAGUCACACACAGACACAAACACAGAGAGCCACAGACUCACACACAAACAGACCACCACUCACACAGUCACACACACAGAGAAAUCACCGCUCACACACAAGUCACACACACGCGGCGACAUGAAUAAAUCCACCACGGAGCAGCUGAACGAGUUCAUGGCCGAGGUGGCCAAGAUCCCAAGAGAGGAGCGACUCGUGGUCAUGGACGGCCUCAAGGUGCCACGUGCCUUGGUGCACGCGGACACCCUGAGAAGGCUGCCCGAUUUCCAGGCUCGACCCGACGACAUCUUGCUGCUCAGCUACCCCAAGUGUGGCUGCAACUGGGUUGUGCGGCUCCUCAUGCAUAUGGUCAAGCUGGCUCACCCUGAGCUGGACAAGGACCCAACGAGCCACCAAGCACACAUCCCCUUGAUUGAGUUCGGGCCCCCGUCAAAGCUGGAGGGCAUGAGCGCCUUCCCCUCGCCGCGAGUCAUCGCCUCGCACAUGCCCAGGGACCGCGUCCCCUCCUCCUUCUUCGCCAACAAGUGCAAGGUGGUGCUCGUCUUCCGAGAGCCGAAGGACACAGCGGUGUCCUUCUACCACUUCUACAACAACAACCCGAGCCUGCCCGGCGUCGACUCCUGGGACAAAUUCUACAGCAUGUUCAUGGAGGGAGACGUCCCGUGGGGUGUUUACCUUGACUACAUCAAGCAGUGGAGCAAUCACUGGGAGGCCGACAACGUUCUGGUGCUCACCUAUGAGGAGCUAAAGGCGGACCUGCCGGGGGAGCUUCAGAAGAUGUCCACCUUCCUGGGGCUGGGUCUGUCCGGGGAGCAGAUCUCCGACGUGGCCGACAACGGCACGUUCAGCGCCAUGAAGGCCAAGGCCGAGGCUGAUAAUCUCAAAUUCGGCAAGGUGGUGUUCCGCAAAGGGGAGGUGGGCGACUGGAAGAACUACUUCAGCGAGGAGCAGCGCGCCGAGCUGGACGCCUCCUACGCCGAGAGCCUCGCCGGGACGUCCCUGGCCAACCGCCUCAACUAUUAGACAAGAGGACGCACGGGGGGACACACGCACGGACACACACACACGCACGGACACACACACACGCACGGGGGGACACACGC